CCAAAUUUGAGGCAGGGAGAUGGAGGUUUGAAGUGGCCCUGAUAGAGGGUGGUGAGCAGAGAGAUGACUAGAGAACGGAUGCGACUGCUGCUCUGCAGAGUUACAGCAUUUUGACAACAGAACAGCUCCGUGCCGUGAACCCCAGAGUAAAGGAACUGGAAAAGCCUGAUUUCCAGGCUGUGCCUCAAGUGGUCUGUGGCGCCACCUGCUGGACAAGAGCAUCAUGACAUGCCCUAGGUGUUGCCUUCACCCCCUGGGUUGCUCCCCAAGAGAGAGAAACCCAGACCCUGGAGUGGCCUCAGGUUGAGACUUGAUCCCAGUCAAAGACACCCCCACCCUGGAACCUAGUCACAUGAUGAGCCCUGAUCCAAGCCAAUGUAGUGCAGUUCUCAUUCCCGCUCCCCCGUCCCUAGAUUAGAGCCUCAAUAGCCAGGGGAUCCAAGGGCUGUGGCCCCUAAAUGGAGGAGCCAGAGGCCACUUUGGGGUCUGUGGCUGGGGCCUUGGACUGGGCUCCCGCUCCCUUGCUGAGCUGCAGCCCCUGGCGGGGUCGCUGCUAGAAAGCCCCUCGGGCCCUGUGGCCUAAUGGGGCAGGCUCAUGUGCACAGCCUCCUUGGUCCCGUGCCUGCCCGGACCUGUUCUAGAUUCCACACCUUUCCCAGGGCUGCUUCCCCCUCCCACCCACUGGCUCAGGCAGAGACUCAGCUGGAAAGGCUGGCAGGCAGGAGCUGGGCGGGCACCGUGGGGGCCAUGGAGGCCAUGGCAGGGCCUGUGCUUUACCAGAAGCUGCCAGUCUGGGAGCCAAGCUUGGAGGCUGAGGAGGAAGAGGCGGAGACAUUAGAGCCAUUUGUCCCUGACCCCCCGGGACCCCAGGACUCCUCUGGGAACAAGGUUGGCGGUCUGCCUGGGACCUGGGCCCGGCUGGUGGCCGCCCUGCUGCUGCUGGCCAUUGGCUUCUCCCUGGCCGUGAGGCAGCUCCACAGCAGCGGUGGCUCUCCAGGAACCUUGGGCUCUGGGGCCCCUCCACGCAGCGGGCACUCCCACAGGCCAGGUGUAUACCACCACGGCGCCAUCAUCAGCCCUGCAGCCACGUGCUCCCAGCUGGGCCAAGAGCUGCUUGUUGCUGGGGGCAAUGUCGUGGAUGCUGGAGUUGGAGCAGCUUUGUGUCUGGCAGUGGUGCAUCCUCACGCCACAGGGCUAGGUGCCACGUUCUGGGGCCUUUUCCACAAUGGCUCCUCGGGCAACUCAACUGCCCUGACGUCAGGCCCAGCCCAGGCCCUGGCCCCUGGGCUGGGGCUGCCUUCGGCUCUGCCCGCCCUGAGUUUGCUACAUGCCCGCUUUGGCCGCCUGCCCUGGCCACACCUGCUGCUGGGCCCCACCACGCUGGCUCAAGAGGGCUUCCUGGUGGACGCACCCUUGGCCAGGGCUCUGGCAGCCCAGGGCCCAAAGGGCAUCUGUCCACUCCUUUGCCAGAUGGACGGGAUGCCCCUGGGCCCUGGGGCCCGUGCCACCAACCCCAAACUGGCAGCUGUGCUCCGCAGGGCUGCCCUGGCCCGCACCCCGGACCUUGCUGGAGAGGCUCUACUGAGUCUGCUGGCCAGAGACCUGGGGCUGGAGGGCCCCUCAGCCAGGCCCAUGCCCACCCUGGAGCCGGCACUGCAGCUCCCUGUGUCCCAGGGCACCGUGUUCACCACCCCCAGCCCCUCAGCUGGCCCGGAACUGCUGGAACUAAUAGAGGCAGCCCUUCACUCAGAAGGACCCAGCCCCAACCCCUGCCCACCACUCCCACCAGCCGCUGUGACCCCCAUGAGCAGUGUCCUCGCCACCGUGGACAGCAGCGGCUCGGUGCUGCUUCUCACCUCCUCUCUCAACAGCUCCUUUGGCUCUGGACACUUGUCCCCAAGCACCGGGGUUCUACUCAGCAACCUAGUGGCCAAGUCUGCAACUAGUGCCUGGGCGUGUCCCCUCAUCCUUCGUGGUAGCCCAGAUGACCCAGAGACCGAUGUGUUGGGGCUGGUGGCUUCAGGGACCCCCACAGUGACCAGAGUCAUGUCUCACGCCCUGCUCAGCCACCUGGCCAGGCCCCAAACCCAGGCUCAGCACCCGCACCAGACCCAGCAAGGACCAACAGGGAGCCUCAGAGCUUGUGGCCACGCAACCCUACUCCAGGUGGCAGCCCACUCAGAGCACUCCCAUGUCUCCAGUGUCCCCGGGGGCUGCUGCCCCUUCCAGGGGUUUUAAGGAGGGGGCAGUGUUGGGCAGGUGGGAGUCUCCAACCUGGAGGCAGGGGCAGAGCAGGCCCAGCAGCGAUGGUGUGCAUAAAGAGCAUGCAUGGCGUGUGCACUCACUGAUGGCUCAGGACCUGGUCAGUUGCCUGGACUCGAGUUCCAAAUCUUUUAUCAGCUACGGAGCCUAAGGACGAUGAGGAACGAAUACCAGGGCUAGCGUUUGGAUCCAGUCUGGGUAGGACAGGUGGGAGAAUGCCAUGCCCCAAUGCCCCCAUGCCCCCAGCCUGGGCUCUGAGCCCCUGGGCAGAGCAGACAGAGCCUGGGCAUUGCUGGCAUGUCCAUUCUCCCCUUCAGGCCACAGCUGCUAAUCUCCCUCGAGAGGGCUGGGAACAAAAUAAAGAUCAAGUCUCCUGGCUCUCA